AUGGCACCAAGUAGAAAAAUUGAAUUGACGUUAUCAAAACCGUUAAACAGCGUCUUCUAUACAGGGGAAGAUAAUAUAUCAGGAGAUGUUAAGAUUACAUUUAACAAGUCGAUAUCUGUAAAGAAGAUAUCUGUCCAUUUGAAGGCAUUCUCAGAGACCAUUACAAAAGUUGACUCAGAUUAUGCAGUGAUGCAAAAUGGUUUAUUGAUACAAGGUCCUGACACAAGAACAUAUCAUAAUAUGUUAGAUAUGGAGGAAAGAGUAUUUCCUCCUGAUAAUGUAUGGAAUGCAUUAGAAGGUUCAUCUAAACCAUUUAAAGUAAACCCAGGUGAAUAUAGCUAUAAGUUUAAGUUUGAUAAAUUAGCAGGUGUAAAACCUAACUGCCUGAAAUACCAUGGUAAGGAAACAGUGAUGUUUACAAAGAGACAACACACAAAGUUGCCUCCAAGUUUUAAUAAUUUGACUAAUGAAAUGAAUAAGAUUGAUAAUUUAGAUUUAUAUUUCUACUCAUUGGGGAAGAUUUUAUAUCUUGUGCAAGUAGUUAUUGAGUUAGGUAAAGCAAAGAGUUGGUUUAAACCAUUUGAUAAGAUGAUGAGAGAACAACAAUUAAUCGAAUAUAUUCCUAAUAAGAAUGAUAUGGAUUAUGAGAAACAUGAAAACGUAUUUAAUAGCAAAGUUGUAUAUAAUAAUUCCUCAGCACCAGGUGUACGAACUUCAAGUCUUGGACAACAGUUAAGAGAUAGAAGUAAACAGAGUACAAUGUCCAUUGAUCCAAGGAGUACAAGCAUGAAUUUCCCUAUAGAAAGAAGUACACCAGUGACACCAAUCGAUAGUCCUAAAGUGAAUGAUAACGGUAUGAGUCCUGUAAGUGGUAAUACUUCCACUCACGUAGUUAGUCCUGGAGUGGUCACGGUGAACCAAUCUACUUUUAAAGUAAGAUUGCCGCAUUCUGGUGAUAAUAGACAUUUAAUGUGGGUGGAAGUAAGAACUAAGAAUAAUGGGUUCGAUCAUUUAUAUCGUAAGGAUCCAUUCUUCCGUAAAGGUAGUAACAAAUUCGAUCGAGUUUAUUUGGUAUUUAGAACUAAUGAUAUCGAAGAGUUGAAAAAGAUUAAGAUCAAACCAGCAAAGAUUCAAUUAAAUCUGUUAGAGACCACGACGUUUUUAUCAGAGGGUAUCGCUAAUGAGAAUUUAUCGUCUUUACGUUUGAUUAGUGUUGAUUCAUCUGAAUCAACUGAGAAUCUUGUUGAUAUGAGUGAAUUAAAACCUUAUCCAUCCCAUACCAACCCAGAUUCCGAAGGUUUUUAUAAGAUGGAAUGUCAAGUGAAACUAAGGGAUCAUCCAUCCUUGAAAAGGUUAUUAUUCAACGAAGAAAAUUAUAGACAUCGUGGGAAUAUGCUAUAUAGUUUCAAAAGUUGUGCAAUUUCACGAUUAUUUGAUUUACAAUUAAUGAUAAAUUGGGAUGUUCAUGGAGAGCAAAGUUUAACUGAGGUAAUUAUUGAUGAUGUUCAAUUAUAUUGUUGGACUAGACGUAGACGAACUACCAAUUUAGAGACGAUAGAACCUGAUUAUCUACCAAGAUAUGUUGAACCUCCAACCUACGGUGAUACAGUAGACCGUAUUACUGUUAAUGAUGGUGAUAUUAAACAAUUAACUUAG